AUGGCCGGCCCUCGGCAUAGACCCCGAACCCUAAAAACGGGCACACGCCCCUGGCCCGUCCCAACCCACCUUCUUCCCCGCGCCGCAGCCUCCCGAGCCGCAGCCCACCCGCGCCGCCGCCACUCGCCGUCGCCACGCCCGCGCCACCCGCCGCCGCCCGCCGCCUUCCCCCGCGCCUCCCGAGCAGCCGCCCCGCCCCCGAGCAACCACUCGCCGUCGUCACGCCCGCGCCACCCGCCGCCGCCCGCCCGCCUUCGCCCGCUCCUCCCGAACCGCCGCCUGCCUCCCCGCGCCUCCCGAGUCGCCGCCCGCCGCCUUCCCCCGUGCCUCCCGAGCAGCCGCCCCGCCCCCCGAGCCAUCGCGCCGCCCCGGCCCCUCCUCCCGCCGCCUUCGCCCCGCUCCUCCCAGGACCGCCGCCUGCCUGCCCGCGCCUCUCAAGCCGCCGUCCGCCGCCUUCCUCAGUGCCUCCCGCCGCAGCCGCCCCGCCCCCCAGCCAUCGCGCCGCCCCGGCCCCUCCUCCCGCAGCCCACAGCACCGCCCGCCGCCUUCCCCACGGCCAUGCCGUGA